GGAUUGAAUAAGACGUAUGGACGAAACAUGUGUCAAUCAUCGAUCACCCAAUGCCGUCACCGUAAGUCGAAGGUCAAUAGCAAAGCAGCAUGGCCGCUCUGUUAAGAGGGUCGCGGUGGCUAGUCAAAACGUGGCAUAAUAACCAUGUCAGCGCCGUGCAAGUCUCAAUCAGGUCCAUGGCCUCUAAAACCCAUGUGGGCUUCAUUGGUCUGGGGAACAUGGGAAACCCAAUGGCAAAAAACCUCAUAAAACAUGGAUAUCCAGUGAUAGCCUCCGAUGUAUUUCCAGAGUCCUGCAAAGAGCUACAGGAGCUUGGAGCUCAGAUCCUGGACAACCCUGCGGAUGUGGCGGACAAGGCUGAUCGCAUCAUCACAAUGCUUCCCUCUAGCCCCAAUGUUAUAGAUGUGUAUACCGGGCCAAAUGGCAUUUUGAAGAAAGUGAAGAAAGGAGCUUUACUCAUUGAUUCCAGCACUAUUGAUCCAGCUGUUUCAAAGGAGAUGGCAGCUGCUGCAGAGAAAAUGGGGGCUGUUUUAAUGGAUGCCCCAGUGUCUGGAGGUGUUGGUGCUGCCACUUCAGGUAAGCUCACCUUUAUGGUGGGUGGGCCAGAGGAGGAGUUCAAUGCAGCCAAAGAGCUUCUAAGCUGUAUGGGGGCUAAUGUAGUAUACUGCGGCCAGAUUGGCACCGGACAGGCAGCUAAAAUCUGCAACAAUAUGCUGCUGGCCAUUGGAAUGAUCGGAACGGCAGAGACCAUGAAUUUAGGAAUCAGGUUAGGGCUUGACCCGAAACUUUUGGCCAAGAUCUUGAACAUGAGCUCUGGCCGCUGCUGGUCAAGUGAUACAUAUAACCCUGUGCCGGGAGUGAUGGAGGGAGUGCCCUCAGCAAACAACUACCAGGGCGGCUUCGGAACCACAUUAAUGGCCAAGGAUCUGGGACUUGCACAGAAUACAGCAACCAACACAAAGACGCCAGUGCCGUUGGGCUCUCUGGCCCAUCAGAUUUACCGGAUGAUGUGUGCACGUGGCUAUGCCAGCAAAGACUUCUCCUCGGUCUUCCAGUUCCUCAGAGAGGAGGAGGGCCAGUAGAAGGCAACAAUCUUUGCCCAAUCCACAGACUUGCCCAGCAGCGCCUGCAUUGUAAAACAUUGACCCAACAGCAAGAUACAUUGGCAUGUAGGUGCUUGGGAGCUGGUAUCAUCUGAUAAGUAAAUGAAAGAACAUGUGAAUACAUGCAUUGAUUUGAUGAUAGUUGGGCUGUUUGUGUAGGGUUUAUUUGACAGGCUGUGAUCUGUUGAAAUCAUGUUACUUAUGUGGGCUUACCCAUGUACAAGUAGUAAUCAACCUAUUGUUAGAUGCUGUGAAUUUUGAGAAUGUUUUUUGUGUGUCUGACUGUUUGUUGUGUUUGUAGACUAACAAAAAAUUGUCAUUAUGAUCAUACAGCAUUUGUCAUAGUACUUGUUUGAGGAAAGGCUUAAAGAUACAGCGUGGCUCUAUUCACAAACGCUGACCAUCUCAGCCAUGAUACUCCUUAAAUCUUUCUUUUUGUUAACAGAUUUGCACAAAAAAAUAAUAAAAAUAAAGUGUUUUUCUUUUAUAUGUUCUUUUGUUCUUAUAUUUCUUGUUCAAUACGAGUUAAGCUCAGUCGACAGCAUUUGUGGCAUAAUGUUGAUUACCACAAUUUAUUUCAAUCUAUCCUUCUUUUUUUUUUUUUUUUUAAAGCAAAAAUCCGGUUUACAGAGAGGCACAAUGGAAGUGAAUGGGGCCAAUCUGUAAAAUUAAAAUACUGUUUUAAAAGUAAAGCCACAAGACUUGAACAAUAUGCUUUUUAACAUGAUUUUACUGUGAUAAAAUCACUUACCUUUUCUGUGUACAUUUAUUUCCAAUUUUACUACUUUGUUGCCAUGACGAUGUAACACUGUAAACCCUAAAAUGACCGUAAAAACUAUUUAAACAACGUUGCAGCUCUAAUAAUACACAGAAGUUUUAACAGAAAAAAUAAUGUAAGUGCUUUUAUAACAUUGUAAGCUUCACAUUUCUGCCUUUUUAAAAUCCUCAAAAAAUUGGAACCUAGAUUUUUGCUUUUUUUUUUUUUUUAAGGAGGGACGAGUCAAAAAAAAAUAUUUUUGUGGUAAUCAACAUGACGCCAUUAUGCUGUCAAUUGAGCUAAACUUGUAUUGAACCAGGAAUAUUUCUUUAAUUUGGGGUCUGUUGGUUCAUAGUUGCAGUUGGCAGUCACAUUUUGUUAUUGGUGUUGGAUCUACAUGCCAUAUGUGUAAAUUUAAAAACCUAGAAAUUAAAGCAGGAAAUCUCUGUCAAAGAAC